GACAAACAGAGAGAGAGAGAGACGUGUGAGAAGGGGGAAUCAUCGGGUCAGCCAUCAAAGAAGCAAUACUAGUAGAUCCGUAGGCACUACUCAAGGCAUCAUCACCACCAUCAUCGUCGUCACCAUUGAAAACCAUAGAGAUAUAUAUAUAUAUAUAUACAUAGAGAGAGAAGCAGUAGUAGGAGUAGAAAAGCAGCAAGGAUGGUGGGGAAAUGGAGCGGAUGACAUGGAUGGGAUGAGCCAAACGAGCUCCUUUGGUAGCCUAUUUCGCUUUGGAUCCACGCGACGUCCCACACGAACCACCGCCACUACUGUGUCUCUUUCCAGAUCUCGAUCUACGCCGGCCCACUGCGCCGACACCGCCUGCGCCUUCCGCCCAAUACCAUGAGCGGGCGCCCCUCCUGCACUCUCUCGGAUCUCGUUUGUAGAUCCUCCGCUUGUUCCCCGAAUGGAUGCCGCCUCUCGCCCCGCUGUGGUCAUCGACAAUGGAACUGGGUAUACCAAAAUGGGAUUUGCUGGAAAUGUUGAGCCUUGCUUCAUCACCCCUACUGUAGUAGCUGUCAAUGAAUCUUUUCUUAAUCAGUCAAGAAGUACUAGUAAAGGAAAUUGGCUAGCACAGCAUAGUGCAGGUGUUAUGGCUGAUCUUGAUUUUUUUAUUGGAGACGAAGCUCUGUCACGAUCACGCUCUAGCAGUACAUACAAUCUCAGUUAUCCGAUACAUCAUGGUCAGGUGGAAAACUGGGAUGCAAUGGAAAGAUUCUGGCAGCAGUGUAUUUUUAACUACAUGCGAUGUGAUCCUGAAGAUCACUAUUUUCUGCUGACUGAGAGCCCAUUAACUGCCCCUGAAAAUCGUGAAUACACUGGAGAAAUUAUGUUUGAGACAUUUAAUGUUCCUGGGUUAUAUAUAGCUGUCCAACCAGUUCUUGCCCUUGCUGCUGGGUAUACAACUUCUAAGUGUGAAAUGACAGGGGUGGUAGUUGAUGUUGGAGACGGAGGUACACAUGUCGUGCCAGUUGUGGAUGGAUAUGUUAUAGGGAGUAGCAUCAAAUCUAUUCCAAUUGGGGGCAAGGAUGUUACUCACUUUAUCCAGCAGCUUUUGAAGGAAAGAGGUGAGCAUAUACCUCCAGAGGAUUCCUUUGAAGUUGCUCGUAAAAUAAAAGAAACGUAUUGUUAUACUUGUUCAGACAUUGUAAAGGAGUACAAUAAGCAUGAUAAGGAACCUGCUAAGUAUAUUAAACAAUGGACUGGUGUCAAACCAAAAACGGGUGCACAAUAUUCUUGUGAUAUUGGAUAUGAACGAUUCCUUGGACCUGAGGUCUUCUUUCAUCCUGAAAUUUAUAGCAGUGAAUUCACAACUCCAUUGCCCGUUGUGAUAGACAAGUGCAUUCAGUCAUCACCAAUUGACACAAGAAGGGCUUUGUACAAGAAUAUAGUGUUAUCGGGAGGAUCAACCAUGUUCAAGGACUUCCAUAGAAGAUUACAACGGGACAUAAAGAAGAUAGUGGAUGCUCGGAUACUUGCUUCUGAUGCUCGACUCGGUGGAGAAGCAAAAUCACAGCCAGUGGAAGUUAAUGUUGUCAGCCAUCCUAUCCAAAGAUUUGCAGUUUGGUUUGGAGGCUCAGUACUCGCAUCCACAUCAGAAUUUUACGGGGCUUGCCACACAAAAGCUGAAUAUGAGGAACACGGGGCGAGCAUUUGUCGAACUAACCCUGUUUUCAAAGGGAUGUACUGAACCAAGAUCACCCUUGACAAGGAAUCACAUUUACGGAUAGUGUCCGUGUUAUUGAUGGAAAGCCGGUGUUCUUAUGAGAUGUAUAAUAGUGUUGUAUUGGUUAUGAGGCCUAGGUUUCAUUUUGCCAAUUGAUUUUAUAUUCUUUUUGGGAAGUUACAUGUUGAUAUAUAACAAAGGAACAUGUUGCUGCCACUCACUCUUCAGGCAGUUACUUGGAUUAGUCAGAGUUACAGUCAGGAAUGCCUGAAGCUGGAUGGUUACUGACCUUUUUCGGUGUUCAGCUUCAUUGAUAUACAAUAGAUGCAUUCUUUACUAAA